UCCCGGAGCUUGGGUGAAGGCUCGAGGCAGCGGAGGCUCAGCUCCCGGCUGUGCUUCUGUGAACCGGGCCAGGGCGGGCGGGAAUCGGCGGCGGCGGCGGCGGCGGCAGAUCGCACGGAGGGUGGCGGCCUGGGCCCGCCAAGCCAUGGCGGCUCCGGAGCCGGCGCCCAGGCGGGGCCGGGAGCGGGAGCGGGAGGAGGAGAGCGAAGAUGAGAGCGACAUCCUGGAGGAAAGCCCGUGCGGCCGCUGGCAGAAGCGGCGGGAGCAGGUAAACCAGGGAAACAUGCCUGGGGUCCAGAGCACCUUCCUGGCCAUGGACACGGAAGAGGGGGUGGAGGUGGUGUGGAACGAGUUGCACUUCAGUGACAGAAAGGCCUUUUCUGCACACGAGGAGAAGAUCCAGACCAUGUUUGAGCAGCUGGUGCUCGUUGACCACCCCAACAUCGUCAAGCUGCACAAGUACUGGCUGGAUGCCUCCGAGGCAGGCGCGAGGGUCAUCUUCAUCACCGAGUACGUGUCCUCGGGAAGCCUCAAGCAGUUCCUCAAGAAGACCAAGAAGAACCACAAGGCCAUGAAUGCCCGGGCCUGGAAGCGUUGGUGCACGCAGAUCCUGUCAGCGCUCAGCUUUCUGCACGCCUGCAGCCCUCCCAUCAUCCACGGGAACCUGACUAGUGACACCAUCUUCAUACAGCACAACGGCCUCAUCAAGAUCGGCUCCGUGUGGCACCGCAUCUUCUCCAAUGCGCUCCCGGAUGAUCUCCGAAGCCCCAUCCACACCGAGCAGGAGGAACCGCGGAACCUGCACUUCUUCCCCCCAGAGUAUGGCGAGGUGGCCGACCGCACCGCUGUGGACAUCUUCUCCUUCGGGAUGUGUGCAUUGGAGAUGGCUGUGCUAGAGAUCCAGGCCAACGGAGACACCAGGGUCACAGAGGAGGCCAUUGCUCGCGCCAGGCACUCGCUGAGUGACCCCAACAUGCGGGAGUUCAUUCUCUCCUGCCUGGCCCGCGACCCUGCCCGCCGGCCCUCUGCCCACAACCUCCUCUUCCACCGUGUGCUGUUCGAGGUGCAUUCACUGAAGCUCCUGGCAGCUCACUGCUUCAUCCAGCACCAGUACCUCAUGCCCGAGAACGUGGUGGAGGAGAAGACCAAGUCGAUGGACCUUCACGCAGUCCUGGCAGAGAUCCCCCGGCCCCCCCGGCCCCCGCUACAGUGGCGGUACUCAGAGGUCUCCUGUCUGGAGCUGGACAAAUUCCUGGAGGACGUCAGAAACGGGAUCUAUCCACUGAUGAACUUCGCUGCUGCUCGGCCCCUGGGGCUGCCCCGAGUCCUGGCCCCACCCCCAGAGGAGGCCCAGAAGGCCAAGACCCCAACGCCGGAACCCUUUGACUCAGAGACCAGAAAGGUGAUCCAGAUGCAGUGUAACCUGGAGAGAAGCGAGGACAAGGCGCGCUGGCAUCUCACUCUGCUUCUGGUGCUGGAGGACCGGUUGCACCGGCAGCUCACUUAUGACCUGCUCCCAACCGACAGUGCUCAGGACCUCGCUACCGAGCUCGUGCACUACGGCUUUGUCCACGAGGACGACCGGACUAAGCUGGCCGCCUUCCUGGAGAGCACCUUCCGCAAGCAUCGAGGAGCUUAGCCAUGACAGCACACCUGGCCACCCACGUCGGGAAGCCGUGCCCGUCUUCACACCUGCUACUGAGAACCCUCCCUCCACCUUGCACAGCUACUCAGAGGCCCUGGCUAGGGUCGAGGGAGGUGGGCUUGGGCCCACAAAGGAGCCCAUCAGUGGGGUGGGAGGCAUGAUUAGGCCACACAUAUCCUUCAGUCAAGGACCCCUCACCCAGCCUGCCUCCACACUCACCCUUCCUUCCCACAGCCUCCAUUUGCCGGCCAGCAGUCCCGUCCACCCCCAAGCUGUGUGAUAAGUGACUGAGCCCUCCAAAUGGGAAGGCCGCCCUGCAGGGAGCCAUAGUUGGGGGUAACACCGAUCCACACAAAGGAAUCCCCACCUCAAGUCAGUGGUGAAGCACCUACAGGCAUCAGGCACAGUGCUGGGUGCUGAGCGGGGCCAUGACCUGGCAGGAGAGGCAGGGACACCGCAGGAAGCCCCAGUUCCCAGCACCGUGUGGCUCUGGCACCCCCGUCUAAUGUCCAGCGCACACCUCCCUAAAGCCCCCCUCUGAUUUUGCACUGCUCUGAGGCUGGGAUCACCAUCCCGUCUGUGGACACUCUCCCGGCCCCUGCGGCCCCUCAAGGGCUCCUUUCUCUCCUGCCUUCCCUGGUCCGGAGAGGUCAGUCAGGUGUCCUCCCGGCUCCUCGCUGUGCUUCCUCCAGGCCACCGCCCCCCAGGGACCUCCCUCAUCUCUCCCCGCAGCAGCUGCCUCCCCAGGCCCCUCCCACCAGCCCCCACUGCCCUGGACUCAUUUCUCUUGAACCACCUCCCCUCCAUUUUCAAACGUAAACAUUCUUGAACAGUUUAAAUUGCAUGUAUAAAUUUAGUGCAUUCAGAGUUCUUUCAAAGCAUUUCAAAUGCCAACUUAGAAAGCUGACCACUCUAUCAGUGGUCUAGUGUUGCUACAGGAAGUUACACAAACUCAGAGGCUUAAAACCACCCCAAUUUAUUGUAGUUGUAUAAGUCAGAAGUCUGGCCCAGGUUUCACCAGACUAAAAUCAAGGUGUUAGCCAGCUGCAUUUCCUUCUGGAGAUUCCAGGGGAGAAUCCAGUUGCUGUCCCUUCAAGGCGGCUGUUGGCUUGUGGGGUCAGCCAUGGCGCUGGGUGCUGGGUGCUGGGUGCUGGGCAGGAAUUCCUUUCCUUGCAGUGGUGGGGCUGUGGCCCACUGUAAACCGAAGGCCACCCUCGGCUUACGGAGGCUGCUGCUGUUCUUGGCUCAUGGCCCCACCCUCCAUCUUCAAAGCCAGCAAUGUCGGGUUGUGUCUUUCUCGGGAACCGCCUGUCUGAUUUUCUGCAGCCAGAAGGGCUCUCCUGUGACUAGGUUGAGCCUGGAUAGGCCAGGGGGCCCCCACACCACGGUCCUUUCCAGGGAUUAGGGCAGGGACGUCGUCGGGGAUGGGUGCCAUUAUUCCACCUGCCACAGCACCCUAACCGAACCUAAGACAAAACAAACUUCCCAAGGCGUAUCGAAUAAAUUAAGUGUGCAAAUAUAAUGACUUAUCAUAAACAUUUCCACCCUCUACAAAAUUAUUCAAAUUCUUACACCUUUCAACCUAAAAUUACAAAUCGAAAAUAACCUACAUGCCUAGUUGGAAAUCCUGAUGCUAAGCCGUCUGACUCAUUCGUAUCAACGUCCACAGUCUGGUGUCGAAUGCAUGCGAGGCUGCGCCGUGACUGGGCGGGACUCAGAGCGCUGCACACGGCCAUCGCUUCGUUUAGUCAAGCCUACGUGGAGGUUUUCUUUUUAACUUUUAUCUUUUCCAAGUUAUAUGCAUAUUAUUUUUUAACAGUGGAUUUUUUUCCUUAGGCCAAUAAAUAAUAAUAAUAAUAAUAAAUAAUGCAGUUGCCAACCCAG